AUGGGAGGCGACGACCAACAAAGGGGUUUUCGGGUACGCCGAGAAGAUGGAGAUGGGAGUUUGCAGGUCCUAAUCUUCGAUCUUUCACAACAAUCGUCUCCUUCUAAUCUCUUAAACUUGUCUUUUUCAAUCGAGCAAGAGUCAGCAUCACAUAUGAGGCUUCGUGGAGGAAUUAUUGAGUCUUCUUGGUGGCUUUGGCUAGGAAGUACAAGGAAAUUUGUUGCAAGUGCUAUGAAGUGUGGGCACAACAACCAGUUGAGGCCUAAGAAGAAGAUAGUAGAUGGUGAAUUUGAAUCUGUCAACAUGUAG